AGGCCGGGGCUGGGGCGACGUGCGGCGGCUGCGGCGGCUGCGGCGGCCCUAGAGGCCGGAAGUGCGGGCCGGAGCGCACCGGGGCUGCGCCGCGAUGGCCGGAGUGCUGGCUCUCCGGGUGGUGGCGGGACUGGCGGCGGCGGCGCUGGCCGCGCUGCUGUUGGAGCACUACGGCCUGGCUGGGCCGCCCUCGCCGCUGCCGAAGCCCCGAGACGUCCAGAGGCCGCACCCCGCCCCGGGAUCAGGAGCCCACAACGUGUUCUGGGGUCUCCAGAUAUCCGACAUCCACCUGAGCAGGUUUCAAGAUCCAGGCAGAGCGUUGGACUUAGAGAAGUUCUGUUCGGAAACUAUUGACACCAUUCAACCUGCUCUUGUCCUGGCCACUGGAGACCUGACAGAUGCCAAAACAAAGGAACACUUGGGAUCCAGACAACAUGAGGUAGAAUGGCAAACCUACCAGAGAAUUCUGAAGAAGACAAGAGUCAUGGAAAAAACCAAGUGGCUGGAUAUCAAAGGAAAUCAUGAUGCAUAUAACAUUCCAAGUCUGGAGAGCAUCACGAAUUAUUACAGGAAGUAUUCUGCUGUGCGUAAGGACGGCUCUUUCCAUUAUGUCCACAGUACUCCGUUUGGCAACUACUCUUUCAUCUCUGUGGAUGCCACCCAAAGGCCAGGGCCUAAGAGACCCUAUAAUUUCUUUGGAAUUUUAGAUGAGAAACAAAUGGAGGAACUAUUAUCAUUCUCCAAGAAAAGUAGUCAGAGUAACCAUUCAAUUUGGUUUGGACACUUUACAACGUCUACUAUCCUUUCUCCAUCCCCAGGGAUCCGGACAGUAAUGAGUUCGGCCACAGCUUAUUUGUGUGGGCACCUCCACACACUUGGUGGACUGAUGCCCGUUUUACACACUCGUCACUUUACAGGCACUUUGGAACUUGAGGUGGGAGACUGGAAAGACAAUAGAAGGUACCGGAUCUUUGCCUUCGAUCAUGACCUCUUUAGCUUUGCGGAUGUAACCUUUGACAAGUGGCCCGUGGUUCUUAUCACCAAUCCUAAAUCACUCCUCUAUAGUUGCGCUAAACAUGAACCACUUGAAAGACUCUUCCAUUCAACACACAUCAGAGUACUGGCCUUUUCCUUAUCCCCCAUCACUUCCGUCACUGUUAAGAUUGAUGGAGUUAAUGUAGGCCAGGCUGUUCAUCUGUCUGGUCCUAUCUUCAUACUGAAGUGGAACCCUAAAAACUACAGUAAUGGGACACACACCAUAGAAGUAUCUGUCCAGGAUUCUGCUGGAAGAAGUAAGAGUGUUCACCACAUGUUUUCUGCGCAAGAGAACUCUCAUCUCACAUUUGAUCCUUUGGCGUCUUUUAUUCUCCUUACUGAUCACUACAUUGUGGCUCGGGUCCUGUUUGUGUUGAUUGUGCUGACCCAGCUCACCAUUCUGAUUACAUUUAGAUAUCUAGCAUACCCAGAGUUUAAAGGACCUCUGGGAUUUGCAAAUAUGACCACAUUUUCCCUUCAUAUCUUGAGCAAAAUAAACAUCUUCUACUAUUCUGUGUUGUUGCUGACCUUGUACACAGUUUUUGGACCGUGGUUUGUUGGUGAAAUAAUUGAUGGCAAAUUGGGCUGCUGCUUUUCGUUUGGGAUAUUUGUUGAUGGACAUUUCCUGCAAGGUGGUCUAACAUUUGUAAGUGGAAUUAUGCAGAUGGUGUUUUUUAACAUCCCCUUGAUGGCUUAUAUAUGUUGGAGCUUGCUGCAACGGUGCUGUGGUCACAACUUCAGGUCUCAUCUCCACCAAGGAAAACACUUGAGAAUUAUACCCGUUUACCUACUUAUUCUUCUGCUGUACAUAUGGCAAGUUUAUUCUUGCUACUUUCUUCAUGUGACUUACGGCACGCUAGCCUUUUUAUUCUCCCCAUUGCGGACCUGGUUGACAUUGCUGACACCUGUACUCAUUCGUUGUGUGUGGACAUCGAACUCCACUGAACUUGGAACAUUCAUGGUGCAGUUAAAAAGUCAUCUGAGCACCUGAAGACCGUGGCUUACAGCUGGCAGCCUGGCAGAAGUCCAGCCUUCACAUUUGUAGCCCAGAUCUCUACCCCAGUGGCAGAUGGAAAAGCCAGUAUCAGCGGGUGAGCUUCAGGUAGCUGUCACUCCUUGAACAUCUGGAUGUUGGAAGUGUUAACUACUGACUUCUGCAGUGUGGACUGCAGAGACAUCUAACAAUUGAUUCUUUCUUCCUCAGGAGGCAAAGAGCCCUGAUCAAGGAGAUUCCCAGGGUGGGGGUCUCUGUUACUUGAGUACCUCAGCACUACUGUGUUUGUUAGGGUCAUCCUGUGAAAAGCAUCCAGCCCACACCUGGAAUUCAGCAGCUGUCCAGGGUGCCAUUUUAUGCCUAGGGAACCUGUGGAGACUUGGGCUGGACCUUGACUUCUCUUGAAACUUUACUUCCCAGCCUGUUUCCCCACAGAUUAUGGGCUUUAUGCUUCCUUAGUAGGGGCUAUUUUCAACUAAUCAAAUAAAUGAAUGAAUGAUAAAUAUCACAAA